AUGAUGCGGAAGCCAAUCUCGACAAAGGAUUUGCAAUACACUUGGUGGAACUUCCUAUUUUUGUUUCUGUACGAAAACUUGAAUCCCUUUAAUAAGUUUGCCAAUUUUUAUUUCUUGUGUGUUGCUAUUUGUGAGUGCAUUCCUGCUAUUUCUAUUACCAAUGGAAGGCCGGAGUCUAUUACCUCACUUGCUUUUGUCCUCUUUGUAGAAGCUAUUACCUCAAUUCGGGAGGAUCUCAACCGCCACCGUGCCGACAAGCGCACCAACGACCGUCCCAUCGAGGUUCUAAACAAAGAAACCCAGCAGUUCGAGAGCGUUCCUCAAUUCAAGGUGCGUGUGGGAGACAUCGUGAAAGUCUACGAGGGAGACAUCUUCCCCGCGGAUAUGCUCUUUCUCCGCUCAGGAGAUCCCAAAGCCUACAAGUCGUGCUGGGUCAACACAAAAAGUCUAGACGGCGAAACGGACAACAAAUACCGCCAAGCCAUGAAACAGACGACCAGUGAACGCAACGGCCAGCCAAUCAACGAGACGGCCAAAGAGCUGUGCGGAUUGCACGCUGUUCUGAACUGCGAGCUUCCGAACAACAUGACGAACGACUUCAAUGGCUCGGUAUGGACGAGACAGUCGUGUGAUGGCUACGAAGAGAAGGAGUCCGUGUCGAUCAAGAACGUUCUGCUGCGCGGAUGCAUUCUGAAGAACACCAAAUUCGUGUACGGCGCUGUGAUUUCGACGGGAACCGACACGAAAGUGGAGUUCGGCGCGGUGAAGCGAAAAUGGUGGCAAGUUGGAGUAGGAACGAGGGUCAGAUGUGAUGAAAAGGGGAGUGGAAGCAAGAUCGCAAUGCUGACGCAGCGAACGAACAAAGUGAUUUACUGUCUGAUCGGGAUUUUAAUCCUGCUGUGUGUGAUUGGAUCGCUGGGAGAGAACGUGAUUUCGAAGAUGAUCGUUGAGAAAUCCUGGUACAUUCCGAUCACAAUCGAUAUUUUCGGGUCGUUCUGGUUGUCCUUCUUCCGGUUCUUCCUGCUCUGCUAUCAGUUCGUGCCCGUGUCGCUCUACGUGACGAUGAGUCUGGUCUAUUCGAUGCAGAGUUUCUUCAUGCAGAACGAUCUCCAAAUGUAUGACGAAGAGAAGGACGAGCCGAUGCGUGUGCGAACGUCGACGCUCAACGACGAUUUGGGCCAAGUCGGGUAUAUUUUCAGCGACAAAACCGGAACGCUGACGGCGAAUUUAAUGCAGUUCCGAAAGUGUUUAGUCGAUGGCGUGUCGUACGGAGUGGGCGACAGCGCGAUCGGCCGCUCUGUGAAGAACAAACAACAAAGCAAAGGCGUGGAGGUAGUGGUGGAGAAGCCGCCGCUUCGCAAGGGAAUCUUCCGAUACAACAAUUUCCAGGACGGAAGUGAGAGCCAUCCGGGCCAUCGGCUGCAAGACGAUCUCCGAAAGAACGACGACCACGCGGAUAAACUGAUGAACUUCUUGAUUCACAUGGCGAUCAAUCACACGGUGAUCGUCGAGGAACGCGAAGACGGAACCAUCGAACUCAACGCCUCGUCUCCCGAUGAGCAGGCCUUCGUCGCUGGCUCCUACUGCCUCGGCGUGCAGUUCCUCGGCAUGGACUACGAGACCAACAUCAUCAAGCUCAACGUCCUCGGAGAAAUCGUGGAACUCCGCGUUCUGCACGUGGUUCCCUACGAAUCCUCGCGGAAACGCAUGUCGAUGGUGGUGCAGAUGCCGGACGGAUCGAUUCUGCUGUACUGCAAAGGCGCAGAUAGCAUCAUGCUGGAGCUACAAGACCCUGCGAUCAACAGCUCGCGCUUCGUCGAGAAUCUCGCGUGCCAAGUCAGCAACUGGGCGGAAGAAGCGUUCCGCACCAUGGUGUUCGGGUACAAGCCGCUUCUUCCUGAGCAGUUCUCUGCGUGGAUGGAAGCGUACGAGCAGGCGAGCGAGGACCCCGAGCAGAAAGAGCUCCGCCGGAAGAAGAAAUCGAACAAGAUCGACAAGCUGGAAUUCGAGUUGGAGAGCGGGCUGAUUCUGCAGGGCGCCACGGCGAUCGAGGACAGUCUGCAGGACGGCGUGCCGGAGGCGUUGGAGGAACUGUCGAACGCGGGGAUCCACAUCUGGAUGAUCACGGGAGACAAGGUAGGGACCGCAAAGAACAUCGCCGUCGCGUGCAAUCUGCUGAAGCUCCCGGACAUGAAGCUCGUGGAGUUCACGAAGGAGGCGGUGGAUAAUAAUUUGUUGGGGAAGGGAGGACGCGGGAGUGAUCGGGGUUUGACGGGUAGCUCGUCGAUUCAGGAAGUGGAGUGGAAAAUGCUGGAGGCGGAGAAGGAGGGCAGCGUGGAGAAGGCCAAUCGAAUCUUAGGCGAAUUCGAAGCGAAGCAUCCCGGAUUGUUGGCCGCUCGAAUGCACUGCGAGGCGCUCGCCGCGCAGAUCUUGAAUUCAGAGUUGGAUGUGACGACCAAGCCGAUGGCUCUCGUGAUCGAUGAGCUCUUCAUCGACUUCCUCGCUCUCUCCUGUCGUCAAGCCUUCCUCGUGGUGUCGCAAUCCUGCAAGACCGUCAUCGCGUGUCGCGCUCGCAAGGACCAGAAAGCGAAGCUGACGCGUCUGGUUCGCGAAGGAAACACGGAAGUCGUGACGCUGGGGAUCGGCGAUGGAGCCAACGACGUCGAAAUGCUGCGUGCUGCGCAUGUGGGGGUCGGCGUGAUCGGGAAGGAAGGAACGCAGGCGGUGAACAAUUCCGACUACGCUAUUGGGCAAUUCCGAUUCCUCACGCGACUGAUUUUGGUGUAUGGACAUCGAAGCUACCGCGGAAUCACGCUCGCCUCGCUCCUCAUCUUCUACAAGAACAUCAUUUUCACGCUCAUUCAGUAUUUCUACACCUUCCUCUGCGGCCUCUCCGGCACGCGAAACCAGUCCUACAUCGCGAUUUUCUGGUACAACACGGCGCUCACGGCGUUCGGUCCGCUUCUGCUGGCGAUUUUCGACAAGGACAUCAGCGAUGCGAACUGCAUCCGCUUCCCUCAGCUGCAUCGCGAGGGCAUCGACCACCGGCUCUUCUCGGUGCGUCGGUUCCUCCUCUAUUUUGUGAAAGCGGUGUACGAAGCGCUGGUGAUGUUCCUCGUUCUCUACUACGUUCUGGACACUGCGGACUUCCCGAUCGGCACGGUGGAUGUCUGGAGCUUCGGAAUGGUCGCCGUUACGAUCUGCAUUUUUACCGCCAAUCUCUCUUCGUCCUCCGAGCAGUCGAUCAUGUUCUUCUUCUCCUCGUUCUGCUUCUGGGGCACCUUCAUCUUCUGGCUUCUGCUGGUGCUCAGCACGUCCUUCUCCGUUUCUCUCUACCCCAACUAUUUCCACUCCUUCGACCUCCUCUUCCAGUCCCCCAUCUUCUACCUUCUUUUCUUCCUCGCCACCGUCCUCGCCCUGCUCCCCACGAUGAUGGUCCACGCCAUUCAGCGCGAGCAGUCGCCUUCUCUCUCCCAGUUCAUCCAGGACGUGCAGGUGCGCGACGCCGAUCCCGAAGUCGUCAAGACGUCGCUCGAGGAGAUGGAGAAGAAGCGCUCGCUCGAGCUGGAGCUCAAGACGAUGCGCGACAAGCCUCACGAUGUGGACAUUCCGGAGCUCAUGCAGGUGACUCCGGAGGCCGUCGAAUCGAUGGAGAUCUCGCUGGAACAGAGUCGGAUCGAGAACGAUUCGCAGAGUGAGCUGCGCUCUUCUCCGACGCCGUACGAUCUCAUGAAGACCGGCAACGCGUAUCGGUCCAUCCGGUCGAUCGCCGGGCUGCGCGCGCUCACGAUUUGCCAGCAGCUGCACGGGCCUUCGUACGAUUCGCAGUCGGUGAACGACGAGGCGCAGGCGGAUCUGAUCAAUAAAAUCAACUCGCAUCACUGGCGAUCGGCAGCAAAGCCGGAUUUGAUCGGGUCGUUGAAGACGCAGCUGCUGGACAAAUCGCCUGUGAUGAUCUUGAAGAAGGUGGGCGAUUCGCUGAAGAAGGAAAUCACGCCGCGCAUGAACUUAGAGCUGUUCAAUAAACUGCAGUUGAGUGUAGUGAAGGAAGUGGAGGAGGAAGUGAUUGAGUCCGUGCCGCCGUCCGAGCCGGAAGCGACGCAGAACGACGCGUAUUCGGACGUGGAGAUCGAAGUGCAGGCGUCGGAUGUGGUGGAGAUCGAGGUGAAGAAUGGGCAGAACGGCGAGGCCCAGGAGAUUGAGCAUGUGCGGAAAGAAGGCGAAGAGGAUGAGCCGAAGUUGGAGGACUCGGAAGACGAGGAACUUAUGGAGAGUUCGGAUUCAAUUCAUUUAGAGGAGGAAGAAGAGAAGGAGAAGGACAAAGAGAAGGACAAAGAGAAAGAGAAAGAGAAGGAAGAGGAGAAUAAAAAUCGUGUGAAGAUCGACGAAUCUGCAGAGCAGAAUGAUCGAAGUGAAUUCAUUGAAUCGGAAGAGAAGAAGGUUUCGAGCCAAUCCAACGAAUCCACAGAGCGAACCGAUUCCAAGGAGCCAAUAGAGCCAACGCAGUCUCAGGGAUCUGAGGAGCCGCAGGACGCCAAGGACCGCAGCGAGUCUUCCACUUCUCUCUCCAUUCCCUCGCCGAUGUCGACGGAACUGGUGGCUCCGUUCCCCGACCAAGCCUCCACCGACCCCCUCACAACGCAAAUCUUCCCUUCUCGUCUUUGUUCAACAAACAACGCACAAUACAACAGAGCACAAUCGUUCACUAACUACCCAUCACCCACCCAUCAAUCAUCCACAGCACACAAACUAUCACCCGCCCUCCGGCGCCGCCUCCGACGACAAGGACGGCAGUCGCAGCGACCCCAGCAGCUGGCUCCCCAAGCUCGCGCUUGCCCCCAGCCCCAGCUGCGGCGUCGGAGGCAUGGAAGACAACGGAGGAGCCACCGAUAUCGGCGGCACCACAGGCACCACAGACACUGA